AUGAUAUCAGAAGGAGCAGCCACAGCGUUAGCAACUGUUGCAACCGUAUGCUGGUGCAUCCAACUGAUUCCCCAAAUAUGGUACAACUGGAGACGUAAAGACUGCACGGGCUUGCCGCCCUUGAUGAUGUUCCUUUGGGUCGUGUCGGCCAUCCCGUUUGCCAUCUACUUCUGCGUCAGCGAAGGCAAUAUAACCUUGCAAGUGCAACCUCACCUAUUCAUGUUCUUCUGUGCCAUAAGUUUCGUACAGUCUUGCUACUAUCCGCCUGUCAGGAUGGCCAGGAAGAAAAUAGCGGCAAUCCUGCUGGCUUUUUCAGUCUGUUGCGUCGGGAUGGAGGUGGGAUUCAUACUGUGGCUACGCCCGCUGUACCGUAAAGGUAUCCACUGGCCCGCAUUGAUCUUCGGCAUCCUUGCUUCCGUCUUACUAGCGGUUGGUCUUUUACCGCCAUACUUUGAGCUGGCUAAGAGACAGGGAAGAGUCGUGGGGAUUAACUUUCUUUUCCUAUUUGUGGAUUCACUAGGCGCAUGGCUAUCCAUUGUCAGCGUAAUUCUGGGCAAUAUGGACGUGAUGGGCAUUGCCUUGUACUGCGUGGUUGCCGCCUUGGAGCUCGGAAUAUUUAUCUCCCAUUUUAUAUGGUGUUGCAGGUUCAAGUGGUUCAGAACAGCUCCCCAGGAGGAGUCAGAAGUUGAUAUCGAGAAGAUUGAUGAGCAGACACAGGCCAAAAGCUUUCCAGACUCUACGGAAGACCAACCGAUUGACCCGUAA